CGCGCAUGCGCAGUGCCAAUCGAUGACCGCCUGAGGAGACUGGCGGAAGUUACCUUUGCAACAUGGCGUCGGAGCUAGACGUUCCGCUCAAACGGGUGCUGGUGCCGCUCCUUUUACCUGAGAAAUGCUACGACCGACUUUUCGUCCAGUGGGACUUGCUUCAUGUGCCCUGCCUCAAGACCCUCCUCAGCAAGGGGCUGGGGCUGGGCAUCGUGGCCGGCUCGCUGCUGGUGAAGCUGCCCCAGGUAUUUAAACUCCUGCGAGCCAAGAGCGCGGAAGGGCUGAGUCUCCAGUCGGUGGUGCUGGACCUGGUGGCGCUGACGGGGACUGUGGUCUACAGCGUCACCCACGGCUUCCCGUUCAGCUCUUGGGGCGAAGCCCUGUUCCUGAUGCUCCAGACGCUCACCAUCUGCUUCCUGGUCAUGCACUACCGAGGACAGAGCGCCAGAGGCGCGGCUUUCCUCGCCUUCUACGCCCUCCUCCUGCUGGGCCUGCUGUCACCGCUCACCCCCUCGGCUGUCAUCACUCUGCUGCAGGCCUCCAACAUGCCUGCUGUGGUGGCAGGCAAGCUGCUCCAGGCGGCCACCAACUACCGCAACGGGCACACAGGCCAGCUCUCGGCCAUCACUGUCUUCCUGCUCUUCGGGGGCUCCCUCACCCGAAUCUUCACCUCCAUUCAGGAAACCGGAGACUACCUCAUGGCUGGCGUCUUUGUGGUCUCCUCCCUCUGCAACGGCCUCAUCGCUGCCCAAGUCCUCCUCUACUGGAACGCCAAGAUCCCUGGCAAAGAGCCAAAGAAGGAGCAGUAGGGCCACUGGCAGCCACUGGGGGUGCUGCGUGCCCUGCGCCCUGAGCCAGGCUGUGGAAUUGUUCUCCAUCUCUCUGCAGUUGGGGACUUCUGAGCCAGACCCUUAGUCAGGACCGGGACCUUGUGGCGACGUGCCUGGGAUUUGCCCCCUAGAGCAGCAGUCCCCACCCCUUGCUCUCCGGGGUGGUGGGCCUGAGGAGGUGCUGGUGGCCUGAACCCCACUGCGUGUGGGGGAAAACGGGCAGGAUGACUCAGGCAGGGCCUGGGGUGGAGGUUUCUGCCCUGGCAGGUCCAGGAGGGAGGCGGGAAGGAUGGAGGAUGGGACAUUAAAGACUCCAAGGCAGCUGA